CGCUCGACUUCCUAGACCAAGUAAAGACAGAAUGAAUGCAUAGCACUGGGAGAAGGAAGGUACAGCCUGACAAUCCGCAUCUCUAUAAAGUCUACCAACAACACAUUGCAGGGACUUUGCGACCCGAAUUUUUGAGGCGGGGGUGGUUCAUUUUUUUUUUUGCCCAAAUUUAGGACGUCUAGGCUGAUUUAAAGUAGCCGAAAAUAGGCUCAGUUGCGCAGGAACAAAGGUGCCUAUUUUGCCUUUUUCUUUUCUUUAUUUUUACUUUGAGACAACGUCAGCAAACUGGACUACUCCUGUGAAACGGGAAUGAUUUAUCCUCCUGAAGGUUUAUUCUACAUCGAGAUGGAUCCAGCACCACCAGCUCUCCCUCCCAGGUCAACCAAGCCAACGUCUUCCGCCAUGAACAAUAACUGCCUUUCCCCGCAGUCCGACUCGCUACAGGAUGCCGAAUGGUACUGGGGCGACGUAACCAGGGACGAGGUCAACGAGAAGCUCCGUGACACACCUGACGGCUCCUUCCUAGUACGCGACGCGUCCACCAAGCUGCAGGGAGAAUUUACGCUGACAUUAAGGAAAGACGGCCACAAUAAAUUGAUCAAGAUCUACCACCGCGACGGCAAGUACGGCUUCUCGGACCCGCUCACCUUCACUUCGGUGGUGGAGCUCAUUUGGCACUAUCGGCACCACCCGUUAGUGGAAUACAACGCCUCGUUGGACCUGAUGCUCACACACCCGGUGUCUCGCUUCCAGCAGCAUCAGGUGAAGGAGAACACUGUCGAUGUGGCCGGAAGAAAGCUCAAAGAGGUCCAUUGUCAGUAUGAAGAGAAGUCGAAGGAGUUUGAUCGUCUUUACGAAGCCUUCACCAAGACUUCGCAGGAGAUCCAGAUGAAACAAACCGCGAUCGAGGCAUUCAACGAGACGAUGAUGAUCUUUGAGGAACAAUGUCGUGAACAGGAGCGCUACGGCGAAGAAUUCGAGAGGAACAGUCUCUCCGAGGGAGCCGACAAAGAUCUCGAGAGCUUUCUGAUCAACUACGAGAAGCUGAAGUGCCGUCUCAGCGAUAUCUACGACAGCAAGAUUCAUCUGGAAGAAGACUUGCGGAGCCAGGUGGAGAACUACAGAGAGACCGACAGAAAGAUGAACAGUUUGCGGCCGGAUCUGAUCCAGCUGCGCAAUAUCCGAGAUCAGUAUCUCAACUGGCUCAAUCACAAAGGCGUGCGGCAGAAACGCAUCGACGACUGGCUCGGGAUACUAAAAGACAGCCUUGACGACACGUACGUGUUGAAAGGAGACGAGAAGAACUUACCCCAUCAGGACGAGACGAGUUGGUUUGUCGGCGAACUGAGCAGGACGCAGGCCGAGGAGAUGCUUCAGGGGAAAGAUCCCGGAACGUUCCUCAUCCGCGAGAGCAGCAGGCAAGGCUGCUACGCCUGCUCCGUCGUAGUAAACGACGAGGUGAAGCACUGCAUGAUCUACAGCACGCCGCACGGUUACGGCUUCGCCGAGCCCUACGACGUCCACUGUUCACUGAAAGACCUUGUCCUGCACUACCGCUUGCACUCGUUAGCGCAACACAACGACGCCCUGGAUGUUAGGCUGUCGCAUCCCGUACACGCCGAAGCGACCGCCAUGCCUUCUUCGCAACACGCAGAGGAGCACAAACUCUUACAGACUCCCAAGCAGAUAGUGAGGCUGCCGCCAGCCGCUCCGGAGAUGUAAACCCAGCGAGAUUAUACCGAGGACAUGUUUACUGUACCGUGCGAGGACGACUGCGUCGAGGUGCAUUGUGGUAAACGUUGCACUAAAGUGAUUCCAUCCGUUUUUGUGAAGGCAAAUUCACAGAUUUGAAGUGGGACCGGAACUUGAAUGUCAGCUUUUAUUAUUUUGGUUUUACCAGAGACUGUUAAAUAUUUCUGAAAAGAAACUGUACUUCAUAUAUUGUUGUUUGUUGGAUGUUUUUUUAGGGGGGGGCGGAGAUGUUGACAACCGCGAAAUUGCUCUCUAACCGACGGCGGAUGCCGCGUCUUGGUUUGGCUUGUACCAGUGGUUCUUAACCUGGGAACCCUAUGGGUUCGACAGAGCCUCCACUGAGGAGGUCCGAACAUACCUGAUUUAUUGUGUAAAUUCUGAUUUACGAGUAUGUAAUUUGUUGUGAGUUCAUGCAUUGUGUUGGUUUUGUUCUUUGAACAAGGUGAUGUUCAUGCAUGGCUCAUUUUGUGCACCAGUAAAAAACAUUUGUGUAGAAUUAAAAAAAAAAAAAAAAGAAUUUCACUUACUUCGGUGUAUGCGCAAAUGAAACUGGUGGGUACCUCCAACAAGGUUAAGAACCACCGGUUUGUACAAUCCGAGCGGAUGUUUUUGCCUAAAACCGAAUCGGCUAUUAAAAGCGAUCAAUAGGUUGCGUGAACAUAUUAGAUUACUACUACUUAGCGCAUUGGUGCGGAGAAAAUGGUGCUGUACACAGGCUGUUUCUGUCAUCCUGGUUUGGUGGACCAAACCGUUUUCUGGGUAAAUACCACUUGUGAAUAUGUGAAAAAUUGUGGUGCAUCUUGACAAUUUGCCCCGUUCAUACAGUGGAUAUUAUGUAGCAUUAACAACCUAUAGAAAACUAUUACUCAAUGUUAUACCCGUUGACCAAAGCACUUGAUAGAGAGCAAGAACACACGACCCGUUUUGCCCAAUGGAUGCUUUUGGGCAAGCUUCGGGUAAAUAUCUACACCUGCUGAUUGAUGUGCUGAUGAAAACAUAAUCUGAAGUACUGUAUGUUAUAUUCUGUUACUCAAAGAAGUAUAAGCUUUUUGUAUUCUAUAUUUUUUCUACAAACAUGCCACAAGAUGAAAGCUUGAAGAAAGUGCAAUCCAACAGUAUUUCUAUUGUUGCAAAUGUGUGACGGCGGGGUGAAGGUUUUGCUGUUACGAAUCGUUGACAGGCGCCAAAUGCACUCUUUGGUGCUGUCGGUAAGAUACGGCCUCUCGUGUUCAUUUGAACGGGAAACGGUUCCGGAAGUAUCCUGCCUCCAUGACUUGAAUUGUGGCAUUGCCGGAGCUAUGAAUGUGUUUCAUCAUGACAUGCGGCCUACAUAACUAAUGGCGCGAGGGAUCUGUUUGACAUGGCACAUUUUUUUCCAGGUUCGUGAACAACAAAACUCUGUAUUGAGAAAUUAAAAUUAUAUCUGAGGUUCCUACUUGGGAUUAGGCCUGUUUGGCCUCAUAUAGUUCACAAAAAAAUGCCUUUGGUGAAGCUGAACAAUGUAAGAUCAUGAAUUUUUUCUUGCUGAAAGACAAUAAACUGAUGAGGGUUUUGUCAUUUUA